AGCGCCUGGCGCGCCCCGUGCCCUCCCUGCCGGGGCCGCCGGGCCGGGGGAUGCGCGCGGCGCCCGGGAGCCAUGGUCCGCUUCGGGGACGAGCUGGGCGGCCGCUAUGGGGGCACCGGCGGCGGGGAGCGGGCCCGGGGCGGCGGGGCCGGCGGGGCGGGCGGCCCGGGCCCCGGGGGGCUGCAGCCGGGCCAGCGGGUCCUCUACAAGCAGUCGAUCGCGCAGCGCGCGCGGACCAUGGCGCUGUACAACCCCAUCCCGGUCAAGCAGAACUGCUUCACCGUCAACCGCUCGCUCUUCGUCUUCAGCGAGGACAACGUCGUCCGCAAAUACGCCAAGCGCAUCACCGAGUGGCCUCCGUUUGAGUACAUGAUCCUGGCCACCAUCAUCGCCAACUGUAUCGUGCUGGCGCUGGAGCAGCACCUCCCAGACGGGGACAAGACGCCCAUGUCCGAGCGGCUGGACGACACGGAGCCCUAUUUCAUCGGCAUCUUCUGCUUUGAGGCGGGCAUCAAAAUCAUCGCUCUGGGCUUUGUCCUGCACAAGGGCUCCUACCUGCGCAACGGCUGGAACGUCAUGGAUUUUGUGGUGGUUCUCACGGGGAUCCUUGCCACGGCUGGCACUGACUUUGACCUGCGAACGCUGCGGGCUGUGCGUGUGCUAAGGCCCCUGAAGCUGGUGUCUGGGAUUCCGAGUCUGCAGGUGGUGCUCAAGUCCAUCAUGAAGGCCAUGGUUCCGCUCCUGCAGAUUGGGCUGCUUCUCUUCUUCGCCAUCCUCAUGUUCGCCAUCAUCGGCCUCGAGUUCUACAUGGGCAAAUUCCACAAGGCCUGUUUCCCCAACAGCACAGAUACAGAGCCAGUGGGCGACUUCCCCUGUGGCAAGGAGGCCCCAGCCCGGCUGUGUGAGGGUGACACUGAGUGCCGGGAGUACUGGCCAGGGCCCAACUUUGGCAUCACCAACUUUGACAACAUCCUCUUUGCCAUCCUGACGGUGUUCCAGUGCAUCACCAUGGAGGGCUGGACGGACAUCCUCUACAAUACAAACGAUGCAGCUGGCAACACCUGGAACUGGCUCUACUUCAUCCCCCUCAUCAUCAUCGGCUCCUUCUUCAUGCUCAACCUGGUGCUGGGCGUGCUCUCGGGAGAGUUUGCCAAGGAGCGCGAGAGGGUGGAGAACCGCCGGGCCUUCCUGAAGCUCCGCCGGCAGCAGCAGAUUGAACGGGAGCUCAAUGGGUACCUGGAGUGGAUCUUCAAGGCUGAGGAGGUCAUGCUGGCUGAGGAGGACAAGAACGCGGAGGAGAAGUCCCCUCUGGAUGUGUUGAAGAGAGCAGCCACCAAGAAGAGCCGAAACGACCUGAUCCACGCAGAGGAGGGGGAGGACCGGUUUGCAGACCUCUGUGCUGUUGGAUCCCCCUUCGCCCGUGCCAGCCUCAAGAGCGGGAAGACGGAGAGCUCGUCGUACUUCCGGAGGAAGGAGAAGAUGUUCCGCUUCUUCAUCCGGCGCGUGGUGAAGGCACAGAGCUUCUACUGGGUGGUGCUGUGUGUGGUGGCCCUGAACACGCUGUGCGUGGCCGUGGUGCACUACAACCAGCCGCAGCGGCUCACCACAGCGCUGUACUUUGCAGAGUUUGUUUUCCUGGGUCUCUUCCUCACAGAGAUGUCCCUGAAGAUGUAUGGCCUGGGGCCCAGAAGCUACUUUCGAUCCUCCUUCAACUGCUUCGACUUUGGGGUCAUUGUGGGGAGCAUCUUUGAAGUGGUCUGGGCUGCCAUAAAGCCGGGAACCUCCUUUGGGAUCAGCGUGCUGCGGGCACUCCGGUUGCUGAGGAUCUUCAAAGUCACAAAGUACUGGAACUCCCUGCGGAACCUGGUGGUGUCCCUGCUCAACUCCAUGAAGUCUAUCGUCAGCCUCCUCUUCCUGCUCUUCCUGUUCAUCGUGGUCUUCGCUCUGCUGGGCAUGCAGCUGUUUGGGGGGCAGUUCAACUUUCAAGACGAGACUCCAACGACCAACUUUGACACCUUCCCUGCUGCCAUCCUCACUGUCUUCCAGAUCCUGACCGGAGAGGACUGGAACGCAGUGAUGUAUCACGGGAUCGAAUCGCAGGGCGGAGUCAGCAAAGGCAUGUUCUCGUCCUUUUACUUCAUCGUCCUGACGCUGUUUGGAAACUACACCCUGCUGAAUGUCUUUCUGGCCAUUGCCGUGGACAACCUUGCCAAUGCCCAGGAGCUGACCAAGGAUGAAGAGGAGAUGGAAGAAGCAGCCAAUCAGAAGCUUGCUCUGCAAAAGGCCAAAGAAGUGGCUGAAGUCAGCCCCAUGUCUGCCGCGAACAUCUCCAUUGCUGCCAGGCAGCAGAACUCGGCCAAGGCGCGCUCGGUGUGGGAGCAGCGGGCCAGCCAGCUGCGGCUGCAGAACCUGCGGGCCAGCCGCGAGGCGCUGUACAGCGAGAUGGACCCCGAGGAGCGGCUGCGCUACGCCACCACGCGCCACCUGCGGCCCGACAUGAAGACGCACCUAGACCGGCCGCUCGUGGUGGAGCCGGGCCGGGAGGGCGCGCGGGGGCCCGCGGGGGGCAAGGCCCGGCCCGAGGGCGCGGAGGCGGGCGAGGGCGCGGACCCGCCGCGCAGGCACCACCGGCACCGCGACAAGGCCCCGGCCCCGGCCCCGGCGGGGGAGCAGGACAGGGCAGACGCCCCGAAGGCGGAGGGCGGGGAGCCCGGGGGGCGGCCGCACCGCAGCCGCAGCAAGGAGGCCCGGAGCGAGCGCGGCCGCGGCCUGGGUCCCGAGAGCGGCCGGCGCCACCACCGGCGCGGCUCCCCGGAGGAGGCGGCCGAGCGGGAGCCCCGGCGCCACCGCGCCCACCGGCACGCGCCCGACCCGGGCAAGGAGGGCGAGCGGCGAGCGCGGCACCGCGGCCCCCGGGCCGGCCCCAGGGAGGCCGAGAGCGGGGAGGAACCGGCGAGGCGGCACCGGGCCCGGCACAAGGCGCUCCCCACCCACGAGGACGCGGAGAAGGAGGCCGCGGAGAAGGAGGGCGGCGUCGAGGACCGCGACAAGGACAAGGAGCUCCGGAACCACCAGCCCAGGGAGCCGCACUGCGACCUUGAGGCCAGUGGGAUAAUGGGUGUGGGUCCUGUGCAUGCGCUGCCCAGUACGUGUCUACAGAAAGUGGAGGAACAGCCAGAGGAUGCAGAUAAUCAGCGGAAUGUCAGUCGGAUGGGCAGCCAACCCUCAGACCCAAACGCCACUGUGCAUAGCCCAGUGACACUGACCGGACCUCCUGGGGAGACCACGGUUGUUCCCAGUGGUAACGUGGACCUGGAAAGCCAAGCAGAGGGGAAGAAGGAGGUGGAAGCUGAGGAUGUGAUGAGGAGUGGCCCCCGACCCAUCGUCCCAUACAGCUCCAUGUUCUGUUUAAGCCCCACCAACCUGCUCCGCCGCUUCUGCCAUUACAUUGUGACCAUGCGGUACUUCGAGAUGGUCAUUCUCGUGGUCAUUGCCCUGAGCAGCAUCGCCCUGGCUGCUGAGGACCCUGUGAGGACAGACUCGCCCAGGAACAACGCUCUGAAAUAUAUGGACUACAUUUUCACAGGCGUCUUUACCUUUGAGAUGGUGAUAAAGAUGAUCGAUUUGGGACUGCUGCUGCACCCUGGGGCCUACUUCCGAGACCUGUGGAAUAUUCUGGACUUCAUUGUGGUCAGUGGGGCCCUGGUGGCGUUUGCCUUCUCAGGAUCCAAAGGGAAAGACAUCAACACCAUCAAGUCCCUGCGAGUCCUCCGUGUCCUGCGACCCCUCAAGACCAUCAAACGGCUGCCCAAGCUCAAGGCCGUGUUUGACUGUGUGGUGAACUCCCUGAAGAAUGUGCUCAACAUCCUGAUUGUCUACAUGCUCUUCAUGUUCAUAUUUGCCGUCAUUGCUGUGCAGCUCUUCAAAGGGAAGUUUUUCUACUGUACUGACGAGUCCAAGGAGCUGGAGAGGGACUGCAGGGGUCAGUAUUUGGAUUAUGAGAAGGAGGAAGUGGAAGCUCAACCCCGGCAGUGGAAGAAAUAUGACUUUCACUAUGACAAUGUGCUCUGGGCUCUGCUGACACUGUUCACAGUGUCCACAGGAGAAGGGUGGCCCAUGGUGCUGAAACACUCUGUGGAUGCCACCUAUGAGGAGCAGGGCCCGAGCCCCGGGUACCGCAUGGAGCUGUCCAUCUUCUACGUGGUCUACUUCGUGGUCUUCCCCUUCUUCUUUGUCAACAUCUUCGUGGCCUUGAUCAUCAUCACCUUCCAGGAACAGGGGGACAAGGUGAUGUCUGAAUGCAGCCUGGAGAAGAACGAGAGGGCUUGCAUUGACUUUGCCAUCAGCGCCAAGCCCCUGACUCGGUACAUGCCCCAAAACAAACAGUCAUUCCAGUACAAGACGUGGACGUUUGUGGUGUCGCCACCGUUCGAGUACUUCAUCAUGGCCAUGAUAGCCCUCAACACAGUGGUGCUGAUGAUGAAGUUCUACGACGCACCCUACGAGUACGAGCUGAUGUUGAAAUGCCUGAACAUUGUGUUCACAUCCAUGUUCUCCAUGGAAUGCGUGCUGAAGAUCAUCGCUUUUGGGGUGCUGAACUAUUUCAGAGAUGCCUGGAACGUCUUUGACUUUGUCACUGUGUUGGGAAGUAUUACUGAUAUUUUAGUAACUGAGAUUGCGAACAACUUCAUCAACCUCAGCUUCCUCCGCCUCUUCCGCGCCGCCCGGCUCAUCAAGUUGCUCCGCCAGGGCUAUACCAUCCGCAUCCUGCUGUGGACCUUCGUCCAGUCCUUCAAGGCCCUGCCCUACGUGUGCCUGCUCAUCGCCAUGCUCUUCUUCAUCUAUGCCAUCAUUGGCAUGCAGGUGUUUGGAAAUAUUGCCCUGGAUGAUGACACCAGCAUCAACCGACACAACAACUUUCGGACAUUUUUACAAGCCUUGAUGCUGCUGUUCAGGAGUGCCACCGGGGAGGCCUGGCAUGAGAUCAUGCUGUCUUGUCUCAGCAACCGGGCCUGCGACAAGCAUGCCAACGCCAGUGAGUGUGGGAGCGACUUUGCCUAUUUUUACUUCGUCUCCUUCAUCUUCCUUUGCUCCUUUCUGAUGUUGAACCUCUUUGUGGCUGUGAUCAUGGACAAUUUUGAGUACCUUACGCGGGACUCUUCCAUCCUAGGGCCUCACCACCUGGACGAGUUCAUCCGGGUCUGGGCUGAGUACGACCCGGCUGCAUGUGGGCGCAUCAGUUACAAUGACAUGUUUGAGAUGCUGAAACACAUGUCCCCCCCCCUGGGGCUGGGGAAGAAAUGCCCUGCUCGAGUUGCAUAUAAGCGCCUGGUUCGCAUGAACAUGCCCAUCUCCAACGAGGACAUGACCGUCCACUUCACAUCCACACUGAUGGCCCUCAUCCGGACCGCGCUGGAGAUCAAGUUGGCUCCGGCUGGCACGAAGCAGCAUCAGUGUGACGCUGAGUUGAGGAAGGAGAUUUCCUCUGUGUGGGCCAAUCUGCCCCAGAAGACCCUGGAUUUGCUGGUGCCACCCCACAAACCUGACGAGAUGACAGUGGGGAAAGUCUACGCAGCUCUGAUGAUAUUCGACUUCUACAAACAGAACAAAACCACCAGAGACCAGAUUCACCAAGCUCCUGGAGGCCUGUCCCAGAUGGGCCCCGUGUCCCUGUUCCACCCUCUGAAGGCCACGCUGGAGCAGACGCAGCCAGCUGUGCUCCGAGGAGCCCGGGGUUUCCUUCGGCAGAAGAGCUCGGCCUCCCUCAGCAACGGUGGGGCCGUACAAACCCAAGAGAGUGGCAUCAAGGAGUCCGUUUCCUGGGGCACUCAGAGGACCCAAGAGGGGCCCUACGAGGCGAGGACACCCCUGGAGCACGGCCACUCAACAGAGAUCCCAGUGGUGCAGCCAGGAAAACCAAUGAGGGCUGUGGAUGUCCAGAUGCAGAGCAUGGCCCUGAGAGGCCCUGAUGGAGAGCCUCAACCUGGGCUGGAGAGCCAGGGCCGAGCAGCCUCCAUGCCCCGCCUGGCGGCAGAGACUCAGCCAGCCGCGGAUGCCAGCCCCAUGAAGCGCUCCAUCUCCACGCUGGCGCCACAGCGCCCCCACGUGGCCCAUCUCUGCACCGCCGCGCUGGACCGUGCACCGGCCAGCCAGGCCCCUCAUCACCACCACCGCUGCCACCGCCGCAGGGACCGGAAGCAGAAGUCCCUGGAAAAGGGACCCAGCCUGUCCGCAGACACGGAUGGCGCUCCCAGCAGCACCGCGGGUCCUGGGCCGCCCUCGGGAGAGGGGCCCGCAGGCUGCCGGAGAGAGCGCAGACAGGAGCGUGGCCGGUCCCAGGAGCGGAGGCAGCCCUCCUCCUCCUCCUCUGAGAAGCAGCGUUUCUACUCCUGCGACCGCUUUGGGGGCCGUGAGCCCCCCCAGCCCAAGCCCGCCCUGGGCAGCCACCCCACAUCGCCAACGGCUGGGCAGGAGCCAGGACCCCCAAAACAGGGUAGUGGCUCGGUUAAUGGGAGCCCCUUGCUGUCAACAUCUGGUGCUAGCACCCCUGGCCGCGGGGGCCGGAGGCAGCUCCCCCAGACCCCCCUGACCCCCCGUCCCAGCAUCACCUACAAGACCGCCAACUCCUCGCCCGUCCACUUUGCUGGGGCUCAAACUAGCCUCCCUGCCUUCUCUCCCGGCCGACUCAGCCGUGGCCUUUCCGAACACAAUACCCUGCUCCAGAGAGACCCGCUCAGCCAGCCCCUGGCCCCCGGUUCUCGGAUCGGCUCUGACCCCUACCUGGGGCAGCGUCUGGACAGUGAGGCCACUGCGCGCACCCAGCCUGAGGACACGCUCACCUUUGAGGAAGCUGUGGCCACCAACUCGGGCCGUUCCUCCCGGACUUCCUACGUGUCCUCCCUGACCUCCCAGUCCCACCCCCUCCGCCGCGUGCCCAACGGCUACCACUGCACUCUGGGACUCAGCUCGGGCGGCCGGGCGCGGCACAGCUACCACCACCCCGACCAAGACCACUGGUGCUAGCUGUACGCCACUGCCGCCACGCACCGCUCAGCGGGUGCGUUCCAGUCGAUGAGUUUUAUCAUCCACGCUGGGCUCCUGGGGACACUCGGGGCACUCAGACGUGCCUCCUGGGCCAGCUGGGUGGAGGCCCCACUGCUCAUCUCUCACACUGGAUGGAUGACUGAAGCCCUUUUGUAGAGGGACGUGGCUCUCUCCAUCCCCUCGUAUGCUGCCUUCCUGGGUCUCAUCCCACAGACCCUACGCAGGAAGCAGCCAUGUGUGCUGAGUGGGGCCCGACAUUCUGAAUCCUGUGUGAUGGACCCCAGCAUCCGGGGUGCGUGCUUGGAACCUUUUUUAGGAGGUCAGAAUCUUGUGCGGCGCAUCCUUUAUGCAAACAUGUGCUACAGAGGAGCAGGACAUGUCUAACGCACGGCGAGACGGCAGGAUGGGGUCGGUGGUAAACAGAGGUGCAGCCCUGGCAGCCCGGCUGCAGCUCCAUACGGGUCUCAUCAGCAUCCACACAUGUCCAGUGUCGCUCUUUGUACCUUAAGCGGCAAAUGGAUGCUAGAAAUACACUCAAGAUGGUCUCGGUCCUCUCCCAGACACCGUCAACCCCGACAGGGACCACAUCUGGAAAAUGUUCCUGCCGUUGAUUUUGGUUUUUAAUCAGAACACCCUUCACGUGCUUGUUAAUUCUAUAUAUUUGAUCUAGAAAUAAUAGAAAACCAGAAAAAUGGGGAAGGAAAUGUUAACAUAACUUAAAAAAAAUCAAACCUGUAGGAAGAUCUCAACUUUUCUUGCUGCGUGUUUGUGACUUUACGAGGAAAUGCUCUUGUGUCCAGUCCAGGGGGUCCCCAGAUGACCCCUGGCCCCCGCUGCUCUCGACCAAGUGCCUGACCUCGAGCCCUCUCGUGCCAGGCUCCUGGGGGUGGUGACAUGAGACCUGUGUGAACUGUGGGUGGGUUUUGUGGAAACUUCCAAACAGCAACCAAGUAGAGAGCUGGUGUCAACGGAGGACACUCAGACAACAUCCCCUAGGAUGGUUGUAGUUGGAAAUGAGGUGACCGUUUCCCUGUGUUCCUCCCAUGCGUGGAAGCCACAGCGCGGGGUAGAGUGUGUGCUCGUGUGGGGCGUUUUCAAUCUGUUCUACAUCUGAUUCUCAGGGAUGGGAUGGUGCCAAGCAGGGCAUAAUCUCUUGUGAAAGUUUCUUUUCACGUGAGGCCAAGAGAGGGAGAGGCUAGUGGGGUGAGGAGGGUUGGAUGUGGGCUGUCGGGCAGGAGGGGGUCCCAUGUCUGAGCAGAUGUGACACCCCGACUGAAAUGAGACUGAAACUCAGAGGAAGCAAUUGAUGAAGGAGAAACUCAGCGACUGUGGCUGAGGUGGUGGCGGCGUCUGAAGCCCAGCACUGUUUAUGGAAAAGCAGGCAGCAAAAGUGCAGUCCAGCCUCGUGGCCACUCUCAAAAGGGAGAAACUGUGGUUGGGAUGUUGUGCGUAACACUGGGAGACCCUCUGUUUGGUGAAGCAAAGGAGCGUUUGGACGAGUCAAUUCUGGUGUGUCCUCCGUGUUCUGACCUGUCAGAUGACCUCUCUGCUGGAUCAUUUGAGUGUUCCCUUGGCUUUUACCCCAGGAUUCUCCUUCAAGAAACGUGUGUGUGCGUGUGCGUGUCCGUGUGUGGAGGUAUGUCCCAGUGAGCAGAUGCCAUUAACCCAUAGGGCUAUGCAACAGGACACACAUUUAAUAGGAAGAAAACACACAAGACCGCCCCCUGUUGUGGGGUUUCAGCAUGAUCGUGACCAUACCAUUUUAUAGAAUUUCCUCACUCGAAGGCACAACCCUCUGAAACUUUAAGAUAACAGAGUAUUUUACUCCAGUAGGGUACGACUGAACUGGGAUCUCGGCCUGUGCAUGUGGACGCUGUGCUCCUGUUGCAAAGCAGAAGGAUGUGUAUUUCGAUGCUGAUGUUCCCUCUCUGCUCACCCAGCCCAUGUUAAUUUGAAUGUGUCCAUUCUGUGCAGAACCACAGCUGACUCCCCAGGCCAUGUGGGGUGGAGAAUCUGCUUUUCUAGAUCCAAGCAGCCUUGCUGGCUUGUCUGGGUUCUUCUAGAUACGGGAAUUGGUGAAAAUUACAGGGAGUGGGGCAGGAGAUACUGUGUCUUUUUUCCUGAUGUUGGGUUUUGUUCCUGUACUGUCUCUUCUCAGCUAUUGUAUGUUUCCCCUGAAAUUUCAUAGUGAGUUGCCAAAUUUGAAAUGCAUCAACCAGUUGUCUGCAUCUGGACCCAGUCAAGCAGUGGCUGUACUUUGAACAAGUUAUGUGUGCAUGUAAAAUAUAUACAUAUAUACAUAUAUACAAGUAUGUGCAUGAAAAUGUAUAUCUUCGUACUUUUUGAUACAAUGUAUUCAUUUGUUAAUUUUUAAUUAUAUUUGAUAUAAAUCAAAAGUUUGUUGCAAAACUUUAUAUUUAAGAACAGUGUUAAAAAAACAAAAACAAAAAGAGAAGUCCCUAUCAUGCAACACAGCUGGGACUCACUUUAAAAAAAAAUCUGUGAUUGACUAGUUUGCUGCCUGAGUAAUAUUUAUCAGCCAAACUUUGGAUUCUGCUAUUGUUUCUACAAUGACAUUUUGUAUGAAGCAAAGUCCUUGGAUUAAAAUAAAACUUAGCA